AUGGCGAGUUGGUUAACUAACGGUCGGCGAGCUAUUUUUGAGAGUCUCGCUGAGGUUUGCGACAAAAUUGAGGAUGAUUUAAAGGCUGAGCUUGACAACAACCAAAAGGAGCUUGAGUUACUCAAAUCUCGAGCUUCAGAGACGGAAAAACUCGCCCAAGAGAAUCGGGAACUCAGAGCACGCCUCCAGCAUCUUGAGCGCGACCGUACCACCCCCGAAACCCCUCAAAAUAUCAAAGCCUUGGCCGCUGGCCGCGCCUUAGAAUCAUCCGAGCGGCCUCACAAUAAUCCUAAGCUGAGAUUACCGCCCACACCUCAGUCGGCUGGCCUUAAUACUGCCAGCCCUAGUGUACUGAUAUCCGAAGGAAAGGUUGACUGGAAGUUGGAAGCUGCGAAAAAUGCGGCAAAAUAUACCCGGUUACAGGCCGAGCUGAGGACAGCGAUUGAUACAUUGGCCAAGAGGAAAGAGGAGCGAGACAAAUGGAAGCAAUUUGCCGAACGCUUACAAAAGAAGGUCGAGGCCUUGGAAGCGCGUCUCGGACAACAGGAUCCGCAGAAGCUCGACAGCCCGGCCUCAACCACACCCCGACCUAGGUUGGUGAAUGCACAGCUGCCCGCUGUCAAGCAGAAUUUUCGCAAUUCCGCUGAGCCUAUGCUACCUCCACUACCUCCAACUGUUGACAAAGGAAUCCCUCCUGCGACGUUUCCGCACGUCGGUGGUAAUGAUCAUUCUCACGAUGAUUCUCCAACAGGGAGUGGCACGACAGACGGGACGAAGGAAUUCCCCAAUCCAAAGCUGCCCGAUUUGCCACGGGAGAAUGGCCCCGGAACUCACAUUAAGAUUAAAGAGGAACCCUCCUCAGAUACGCCCGUGGUGGUAUCGGAGCGAGCCGUGAAGAAAAGGAAAAGAGACGAGCCCGAGGUUGACCAACCCCGUGCCACCCGCGUGAAAGAGGAGGCGAUCUCACAGUCCGAACCCGUGGUGACGGCAGAUGUGUGCGAUUUUAGCCCAGCAACAAGCGUGGAUCUCGACGAGUCGGGGACCAGGGUGCCUGAUCAGGUAUCUCGAGCGGCAUUACAGCCGUUGAACCCCAAUGUGCAGACACCUCGGCUCCAACGUCCUCCUAGAAAGGGACUUGCGCAUGCUGUAGGUGUUUUGGCGGAGGACGGGGCUAGCUAUGAGCUGUCCGCUCGUGACCGAACACCUCUACAGAGAACAGAACCAAACACAGGGAGGCUAACGAGUCUCUUGAGCGGUGCGUCCAAGGCCUCAGAAUCACCAAUCAUUAGAGCCUUCCGAAAACCCGAAACACCUCGAUCCAAUCUUGAGCCCCGACCGAUCGCAGAAUCUCGUGCAAGUGCCACCUCCGUUUGGCUUCAGACCCCUCAACCGAGAGAACUCCCCUUCGAUAAAAUCAACAGGGACCGGUCGAGGGCUACACCUAAGCAAACACCCCGUGGUACGAGCGGUGGGCCCACGCCUAGCACGGCAAGCAAAAAGGAGAGCGGUGGUGUUCUAUCGUCGGAGCCAAAACUACGCACAAGGCCUGUGUCGGUGCUAAAAGUUGAUGAUUUCAAAAUCAACCCCAACUUCAACGGCGGCUUUGAUUAUGCCUUCAGUGAGGUUGUCAGGAAUAAGGACGACCGUGCGUGUCUCCCAGGCUGCACGGAUAUGGAAUGCUGCGGUAAAUCCUUCCGCGCUAUGGCUCUUGCCGAACGUGGAAAUGGUCGACGGACCGCAGAACAACUUGCCGAGGAUAAGAAGCUCCUCGAAGACUACCUAGGCGAGGAAGCCCAUCGCCUUUUUAGCAUGACAAAAGAGGAGAGAGAUGAGCUCUGGCUUGAGGCUAAGACGAAGGAGCUCGCAAAUAGGAUCGGGAAGCACCGCCAUCGCUUCAGUCGAAUGAAGACACCGCCUGGGUUUUGGAGGACAGACUUCCCAGAUACCCAGGAGUUACACGAGGACCGUGUGCAAGCCCUCAGACGGGAGAAAGAAAUGAUUCAAGAAAGGCACCGCGAAGCCAUGAGACCAGGGGGCAAGUGGGUAUUCAGAGACGAAUAG